AUGUCCGCCGCUGGACCUCCCCCAAAGAUCGAUCAUGUGCUGCUUGCAUCGAGCGUAUUCCCCAAACCUUUACCAGGUCUUCGUCAUGCGUCUUCCGGUAUGCAGUCACCACUCGAGAACUCUUCGGCCCCAUCGGUCAUCUGUUCUGCGAAUUCUCAUCAAGACUCAGUAGUGGGAAUUUUACCUUUCUACCACAUUUAUGGAUUAGUCAUAGUAUUACUGCACAAGUUGUCGGUUGGUUGCAAAGUAGUAACUUUGCCAAAAUUUCAACCAAACACUUUCUUGAAUACGCUGCAAAAUCACAAAGUUUCUUUGUUGUACGCUGCUCCACCUAUUGUUUUAUUUCUGGUAUCUCAUCCAGAAGUAAGGGCGGAACAUUUAGCACCACUUGAAAAGAUCAUGAGCGGAGCCGCACCCUUGCCUAAUCAAGAUAUUGUCAAUAUUUUACAUAAAAAGCCUUCAUUGUGCGUGAUCAAAUUAUAUGGCCUAACAGAAACGGGACCACUGGCAACAACAAUGCGUCCUGGCACCACAAAUUACACUACUUCAGGCCUUGCUGUACCCAACACUGAGCUGAAGAUUGUUGAUUCUGAUUACAAGACUUUAGGACCAAAUGAGGUAGGCGAACUUCUCAUAAGAGGCCCUCAAAUAAUGAAAGGGUACAGAAACAACCUUGAAGCUACUAAAAAUAGUAUAACUGAAGAUGGAUGGUUCAAGUCGGGGGAUUUAGGAUUUCUCGAUGAAGGUGGCUCAGUUACUAUUUCUGACAGACUUAAGGAACUUAUUAAGGUAAAAGGCUUUCAAGUACCACCGGCAGAAUUAGAAAGUGUACUUAAAGAGCAUCCUAGCGUUCUAGAUGCGGGUGUCGUUGGUAUACCAGAUCCUAAAACUGGUGAAGCACCAAAAGCCUUCGUGGUUUUAAGACAGGGGCAUAAAAUUAGUGAUGAAGAGUUGAAGAAAUAUGUGGCCGGUAGAGUAGCUGAGUUUAAAAGAAUUAAAAACAUUGUAUUUCUGGACAGUUUGCCGAAAAAUCCUUCGGGGAAACUGCUGAGACGAAUUUUGAGGGAACAGUUUUGUUAAAAAUUACAAAACAUCUUAUUCAUAGAUUACACAUUAGAAUUGAAACUAUUUUUUCUGAUCUAAAUCGUGUAUGUUAUUUUUCAAACAAACCAACUUGUCGUGGGUCCACAUUUAUGACAUUUCGACUCACCGAGACUCCGUGAUAGGCUUAGAGAAUAGGAAGUGAAAUGUCACGGAUACUUGUUACGUAAAUGUGGACGGGCUGUGACAAUGUAACAUUUCAACGCACCGAGACUCCGUGACGUCUCACGAUACUUGCUACGCUACAUUUAGCGUUAUCACAUUUUACAGUGGAUUUAACGUUAACUUUCUGUCUGCUUUGACAUUAUGCAGGUUGCAUACAUUUAUUUUUCACCCACUCCGCGGCGAAUGAGUAUCGACUGGAUGCUGGAUGGAGUCGAUCCGUACUGUGGCAGUAAAUUGUGGCGUGUUUGUCACGUGUGGCAAAGACAAAAGUGUGGCCGGUUGAUAUAACCAAACAAGAACAGAAAAUCCUUUGAAAAAAACCGGUUUCGAAGCAUGACAGUACAAAAUCACACUUGCUACAAUGUUACGCAGCCAAAUAUACGUGCCGUCUCAAAGGCCCGAGGUCGUGGAUCGCUGUGGAAUAUUUGAUCGUGUCGCGUACAAAAACUGUCCACACCUUGUGUUUUUGUCACGCGUACGUGUUACAGGAACAAUGUCCGAUGCGUUGAAAUGUUACAAAUAUGGACCACCUUUACAAUUCCCACGGUCAUGUUGGAAACGUUGAUUUGUUUGAAAAAACGAAUGUACACGAUAAAGAUCAGAAAAAGUAGUUUCAUUUUCUAUACAUACACAACAUUUUAUCUCUUGUACUUUUACACAUGUAAUUUGAUGGAUAAGAUUUAAUUAGCUUGUACGAUCAUAAUAAUUAUACUGUAAUAGUAAAAACAAGUACAAAAUAAAGAGAUACAAGAUUAUCCAAAAUGUACUGUUAAGUUAAACGAAACACGUUGUUAUCAUAAAUCAAGUGUGUCUGUAUAAACCUCGAUACGAACAUUUCGAACUUAGAACUGUAGAACGUGAUCUAUCUUUUGUAGAUUUAUCAAUUUCGU